AUGGCUUCGAAUCUCCCAAUCCCCCAACCGCCACGGACCCCAACGCCGCCGACUCCUAACCCUGAGGAGGACAGGUCUGGCCUUGGUAUCUAUGGCGGUCCCCGACCUGUCAGUUCGACGAUAUCUUUCGAUCCGAAUUCUCUUUCGCCCAUGACGGAUACAUUCCCUCACCGGUUUGGAUCAAUGGCUACACCUAUACCAUCUUCUGGAAGUAUCGGUAGCCCAGCGAGCAUCGAUGCCCAGGACAGUGAUAGUGGUGGCGCGCCUGCCAAAAACCCCUUCAGUUUUCAAACCCAAACCUAUACAAUGGCACCCAUUGCUAAAUCUAAUAUUGGACAGCGGCGCGGCCAUAGAUACAAGCAUAGUAGCGUUUCGACACAGCACCAAGUAUUCCUGGAGCCAGCACCGAGAGCCCCAUUGGCGCUGCCUGCAUCUCUACCUAUACCUACAUUUAAGGAAGCAUGGCAGAGCAUGUCCCGCGAGCAAACAACUCGACUGGUGUGGUGCCUUUGCCAUAUGCUUGUUGCAAUAUACGUGGUAUACAGUGCCGCUGGAUCCCUUGCAUUAACAGCCCUCUCCCAUCUCAUCUUCUUCGAUGCUAUAAGUGCAACCAUCUGCGUGGGGGUCGAUGUGUUCUGCAACUUUGAAGCCUGGAAACGAAGCUCCAUACGCCACCCGUUUGGCCUGGAACGCGCCGAAGUUCUAGCUGGCUUUGCCAUGUCCGUCUUCUUGCUCUUCAUGGGCUUCGACCUCAUCUCUCACAACCUCAAGCACCUCCUUGAGUCGCUUGGCACACACACCCCUCACCGCCCACAUACCCACGAACGCGUCUCCCCAGGGUCAGUUGACUCAGCCGCCCUUGCUGCAAUCGUCGCAACUCUCGUAUCGGCGAUCGGGCUGAAGAACCACGCGCGCAUCUCACAUGCUAUGCGGUUUGCUUACAUCUCGUCGCUCCCAUCAGUGCUCUCCAACCCGUCCCACUUCCUGACCCUAUCAUUUUCUACCGUCAUGCUCGUCCUACCCCUCCUGUCCGUGACGCUGUACCAGUGGCUAGAUCGACUUCUUUGCGGCCUCAUCUCAUUCUCGAUGUUCUUUCUUGGCAUUUGGCUUGCCAUAGCCCAAGGCCUCAUGCUCCUGAUGUCAUAUUCAGGAAAGGGGGUGGAUGAGUGUUUGCACGAAAUCAGCACGGAGCCGGAAGUGUGUGCCAUUGAGGAGGCAAAGUUCUGGCAGGUUCAUUAUGGGCUUUGCAUGGCGAAUCUCAAGAUACGAAUUAGGGGAAGCAGGGCAACGGUUGAUGAAGGCCGGAUGAGUAAGGUCAGGGAACGGAUUUCAAUGUUGGUUAAGAAUCGGCUUGGGGGAGGUUACGGGAGGGGUGGAGUUAAAUGGGAGGUCACGACACAGUUGACUCUAGAUGGGAACUAA